AUGGGAGCUCGCACCUUCCUCCUCCUGCUCCUCCUCGGCCUCCUUUUUGCCGUUUUCCGCAGCAUUCCAUUAUCUGCUGCUGCUGCUGCUGCUGCUGCUGGUGGCCAGCUUGUCCGUCAAAUGUGGCUCCCCUGGUCCCACUGGGGUCUCCUAUCUCUGACGCAGCCAGGUGAGUCAAGACUCCUACAUGCCUUUUUUAGUUGAAAGCUACCCAAGUUCAAGACCUUUAUCGUAACCCUACUUUUAUUGGGCGUCGGACCUGUAUUCCAAGCUAAAGCUGCCCACCGUUAGCCCGCCAAUUACUACUCAAGCCGGUAGAAAGUUCUCUCACUUCUGAGGUUGAGGUUGUUUUCGUGUCUGCCACUCGUUGCCGUGAUCUUCCGCACACUUAGACAGGUUUUGGGAAGAUAGUUUCUCAGCAGCUGCUGGUGGUUGGUAGACUGUUUUAUAAGGAAGUCUUCCUAUUGGUUGUUCUUUCGCGAAGGAUUUUUAAUAUAAAUUAAUAGACUAUACUGUCGGUUCUUUAAUGGAUUUGGUGAUUUUGGAUACUUCUAUUUUGAAGGGAGACCUAGUUUUCUUGAAGGGGGGGCAAGCUUUGCAACAUCUAUCUCGUGUGCACACGAAUAGUUUAUUCUUGAGGACCCGUUGUCAGUCUUGGGUUCGGAUUGUUUCAGCCGAAGUUCUUCUAUCACUGCGGUUUUCGGAGCAAUUUAACCCCUGGGAGUGAUACCGACACCGCAGCUGUAGGUAAAACUACUACUAAAUUUGUCAGUCUGCAUGUAGAAAUCCUGUUGCACCUCUGUGCUUAUCCAGAAAUCUCCGCGACAGAUUUCCGCCCUCCCGAGUCUCCGAUUGCCCAUGGUGGAGGUUUCAGCUUCUCAAGGCUGGAAGUUGAUGGGUCUGCAAGUUUUCCGAUAUAAGACUUUAUACGCGAAGAAAUUGGAACCCCUGACAAUAAAUGCCUCAAACAAGAGUCUUGGAGUUCCUUGAGUAGGGGUGUUUUACCUGGUAACAUUCGCGAUACGAGAAAAAAAGAGGGUGAGGUGGUGGGGAUGGGGAAUCCAGGUAACCAGGUGUUUUCCAUUCUACGAAAAGACCUUCCUGGCAUAAGUUUGAGGCAAACACAUAUGGCCGGAUUUACUAACAACAGCCAACAUCAUGGCUGCUUUUAAACUGCAUCCUGUUACUUGAAUAAUGAGUAAUUAGAGAAAGGAGUCAGAAUUUGCUCAGAAAAUCGAUCUGAGGGCGGGAAUAUGCGGGAAAUACAUAAGAUCACGAUAGGAGAAAAACACCGGCUUGCAAAAGAGUAGGAAAGUCUACGGAUUACCAGGUCACUAUCAAGUUUGACAUAUGGUCUGGCUGUUUGCAGAGGUCGGGCCUUCUCUCUGCGUGUAGAGCUGUGUUCGAGCCGUUUGUGCAGGAGCAGGAAUUCUGAAGGCGCAUUUUUGGUCGAAAGUAUUCACAACCUGGCAGGUACUUCGUCAUGAAAGAGCAGACGACUUUUGUCUUCCCUCUUCGAAGGUCGUUUGGGCAAGUGCUCAGAUGGCCGGAUUGCCAAUUGUCCUUGACUCUGACCAGCAUACUCGCAUGUGAAUUCACAGACACAAUUUAAGGUGGCACGCAUAGCCAAGGCACACUUCGUCUUUUAAAGUGACUUUCGCAGAGCGGUAAACCCACCUUAUCCCCCCCCCUCCAGCGUCCCGAUGCUGUAAAAGGAAUUCCCCCCUAUGCAUUAGUCAGCCACUGUUAUCUUCUCUUGUUUCUGUCCUUCACAGCUGCCACCAGCUCUUUGUCCCUCCCCAAUAAAUCGCAUGCAACUGGAACGCCAGUGCACAGUUUUAUCGUUUUCUUAGCAAACAUGAAGGUAGCUUUUGAUGCACUGCUCGAACUUUACUGGAGUUCGAAAAGAGUCUAUUUUCCACGGUAUUCUCUUCCCGAAACCAUUGGACUCAAUUUUACCAAAAGGAAAGAGCACGUUUUGCUCCGGUAUCACAAGCAAUCCCGUUUUGUUGGCCGAGUUAUACUGUGAUUGGUUGAUUCUUAGCCAGACCGUAUCGCUGAGUUGAGAUAAGAUCUUGAACUUUAGAGCCGACACAUGCUUGGCUGCGCAGUGCAGCCGCAGACCUAAAAUCGUUUUCCGAUUGGACCACGUCUUCAUGAUAACAAGUUGGGGUGCAUGCAGAGAUGCAGGUGCCCAGAAGCCAAUGCUGUACUAAACUUGACAAAACACAACUGCCACUGUGGUACACGUGACCUUGUGGUAGAGUAGUCUUCAUUGUCCAAAGAGUUCAGGUUCGGCUCCGCGAGUCUUCUCGGGCCGGUGACGGCGAAUAAGCCAGAGACGGCUGCUCGGUUUUCCCUCGUAUUUGUCGGUCACCUGCCCCGAAUGUUCCGGCCGUUUGUAUUGUUACAGAAUUGCGUUUCAUGCCCGCUCUGACAGAGUUGUAAUGCGGUGUCCUUGAAGGGCGUGCAUAUUACCAUAUGACUGUCUUAGUCGACAGCAAGUAUAGGAAAACCAAAGGUCCCGAAAUUGGAGAAUUUCGGUCGAAGUAAACAAACCCCAGCCACCUGUAAUAUACGGGGCCGGUGAUAAUAGGGGUUUUUACAGGUGGGGCCGGGGAACGCACAGGCGACGAGGUCAGGUAGUUGUAUGCAAAAGAAAAGCUAUUGGGAGUGCGCGGUUGUACUUUGAAGGGUUGAGAAAUAAUUGCCCCAACCCCAAUUCCUAAUUCUAACCCCCAACCGUAACCGUAACCCACAACCCCAACAGUAUUGAGUCCAUCAGGUGGGGCUACAUAACCACAGCUUACCAAAGUUUCAUUUGAAAAUCGGCACUCGGCCGAAACUAGUAAAAUUCCAAGCUGACGGUAGAUGGCUUGAGAGAUGAACUAAAAAUGCCACAGGCCCAAUAAGCCUGCAUUUACCAUUAUACAUAUGCAACGCACCAGGUCGUUUUAAUGCAUAGUCGCAUUUCCCAACGGCACUGAUAAAAGGACUCAGAUUCCAGGAAAACUGCAAAAGAUGAGAUUGGUAGUCCUUCCGAAUUCACAGAUUUCAAGGGGGGGUCUCGCGUCUGUCCCGACGCUUUUUUGCUAUCAGCUGGUGUCAACCAACAUGGAAUUGACUCGUCGGUGUCAACUGACCAAGGUUCAAAUCUCGGACCUAGAUGGUCUGUAGAUUGUUUACGAUGUUGAUUAAGCUGCCAACUGCUUUUUUCUUCUCUCUUGUCUUUGUCGGCAACAUGUGUCAAGCAUAAAAAACAAUCCGUUGUCCUGUUUUUUUUCUUCGGAACGCACUUGAGUACUCUUAGUUCUUUGAUAGAGAUUUGGACUAACGAGUUCAUCCUCGUUGGGGAACGAGGAAAUUUCGCACGGGCUAGAUUCUGGUCCCCUGCUGUUGGCACCCCUUCGACCCGCAUGCACCACAUCGAAAAACAAUCAUGCUCUACGCCAACUUGCUAAUCCCCAGUUACGAGACACCGAGGCAGCCUGAGACGGUUUCAGAAAAGAUCCGUCUGCCCAACUGCGAAAAACCGCUGCCUUGGCAACUACGAUGGUGGAGUCGGUUUGACUUUAAACCUGUCUCCCCCACUCAGGGAAGGAAGGAGGAGGGUGGGCGGAGAGCCGUUCGUGAAGCUAUAAAGAACGCGAAUAAGUGCAACACUACCGUAGCCAACUGGAUGGAGGUUGAGAGAGGGAGAGCAGUUUCUUAGAAGGGGAUAUAGUUGGUCAUCACUGUCAUCGAUCUCUCUGAGGCGUCAGACCGAUAGCUUGUCGUAGUCGCGCUCAGAGGCCGCAAGUCUAGUAAACUCGCUAUUUUAACACCAUGUAGGGCUAGAUCGCAGUUGGUAGCCAGACCCCUAUUACAGGUGGCCGGGGGGUUUGUUUACUGGGGCUAUUUUGUGGGGUUCCAUAAUCACAUCUGACCCAUUUGACUUCCGUUUUACGUUUGAGGUUAGGAUUAGGGUACCGGUUAAUGGUUUUCCAUUUUCGGGUUACGGUUAGGGUUUGAUGGUAUGAUUAGGUUUCAGUAUUACGGUUAGGUUAUUCAGUUACGGCUAUGUCUAAGGGCUAAAGUUACGUUUACAAUUUCGGUUAGGGUUGCCGUUAGGGUUAACGUUUAAGGUUGAGGUCAGGGUUAGGGCUAAGGUUAGGAUUAGGGUUAAGGUCGCCAUCUGCCUCCUCAUUCCUGGCUACCAACUGCGAUCUAACCCCAUGAAGUUACCAGAAGUAAUGCUUUCCUGGUUAUUUAUCCUUAGCGUAAGCAGUCAAAAUUUCUCAAGACCCUUUGCAACACGAGUGGGGUCCUCACGACUGUAGUACUUCCUCGGGUCUCUAAAUAAGCAGGAGGCCCGGUUCUCUACACUAACUGUCCCCCGUACCCGUACCCCGUUCGUGAAUCUAUAAAGAGCGCGACUAAGUGCAAGACUACAGUAGCCAUCUGGCCGGAGGUUGAGAGAGAGGGGGGGGAGGGAGGGAGAGCAGUUUUUUAAAAGGGGAUAUAGUCAGUCAUCACUGCCAUCGAUCUCUGAGGCGUCAGACCGAUAGCUUGUCGUCGCGCUCCGAGGCCACUAGUCUAGUGAACUCGCUAUUUUAACACCACGAAGUUACCAGAGGUAAUGCUUUUCUGGUUAUUUUUCCUCAGAGUAAGCAGUCAAAAAUUCCUAAGGCCCUUUCCGACACGAAUGGGGUCCUCACAAUUGUACGAGGCACAGUUCUCCACACUGAUCGUCCCCUGUAACCAAAAGUUAUGCAUCUCGGCAUACUUAGACUGCUUAGAUGCGGAUGUACUGUCAGUUAUUUUUCCAUCGAAAGAAUUCACAGACGUUCGGUUCGACGCUAUGGAUCUGCCCGGAAGCCCUGAAGUAGCUUGGGUCAGGGCUUUUUCCUGACUCACUCCCAGUUCCAGUCGAAGACUGGAGACCGGGAAGGUGGCGUAGGAGAGGUUCAUGCCCCUCAACUCCGGCGGGUCCAAAAUCCAGUCGCCUGAGUGCUAACACAGGUACAUUCUAAAGUCCCAGAUUUGAAUCCUCAGCAGAUAGAGGAGCCUGUCCACUAGCCCAUGCAACUCAUUUUUGCCGAGGACACUUGUCGAACACCAAGGGAUCUUCUUCAACCCUCUCAAUCUAGUCGCAUACGGCAAAAAUGAAUCCUUUCAUCAAAAUACACUCAAGUUUUCCAUGUUUUUGGGCAGUUUUUUUUAACAACGCAUCCAAUUUGGUUAAAGGACAUAAACUACGCAUCUAUGUAUAUUUGUGGCUCAGUUUCGAUCUGUUACUGUCGAUAUCCUCUUCAUGGGCUUCUAUCACGCCGAAAACAGCGUGAACCGUCGUGCUCUAGGUCAGCCUGUCAGCAGUCAUGCCGGUCUGCAUAUCCCUCGGAGUACGAGUAAGCAAAGUGUUCUGAAACGCUAGCAGAAGAGAGCUGUCUCAACAUCUGUCCGCUCCCUAUCGUCCACUGUACUUGCGCAGUCGUCUCAGAUGUGCAGGAAACGGGAAGUCAGUAGUGCGAGCUACAUUGUGCCUAUUUGUCCGUAUCGUAAGCAGUUUAAAAUACCUUUAUCGCCUUUACGAAUCCCUUAUCUCUUACUGCCUCUAGGUGGGGCGGAAAUUUUGCAUCGAGUGCUAUGGAAAGCCCAGUUUUCUAUACUGAACUCUCCCCUGAAGGGUCUGCCCGGAAACCCUGAAGUAGCUUCAGCCAGUGCUUUUUUUCUGACUCAUUCUCAGUUUCAGUCGAUGACUAUGAAGGUCGGGGAGACGGCGUAGGCAGGCUUCCUGAUUCUCAACUCGGAGACCCGAAAUCGGGUCGCUUGAGCCUCAGGCUUGCAUCCCUAAAAAAAUAGAAGCCUGUCAACUGGGCCAUGUGGCAAGUCCACUUAGCACUCAUCGGUAAGGGUCUCAUGUGUGAUAAACGGACUUUAUAGUCGGGUACAGUCACUGUCUUAUUGACUACCACGAAUCGCCGCUGAGACACUCUUCUAGUCGCCAAGAAGAGCCAUCAACGCCAUGUGAUUAGGUUCACACGAGCCGCAGUGGCGUAGAGGAAGCUAUUGAGGUGUCUUUCGCGGGUCUCGCCUCCACCGAAACCACUCAAGAUACCUCAUGAAACCUGAGGCCGGCGGGAACAGACAGUAUCAAAGGAACAGGUAGUUCUCCACACAGUUUCGGUGGUUCAGUGGUCCGAUUUUUAAUUUCGUUAUAUUAUUGGUUUUUUUAACAGUUUGUUUUCGUGGAGAUGUAUGCUGAACAUCAUCGGGUUUCUGGCCUUGCCAAGAGUAAUGUAAUUUUGUAAACAUGUGUCUGAGCGCAUGUGUGAGUGAACAUCCCGGAAUUAUUUAUUGGGUCUCCUAGGUACACAUGCGAGCUACUCUGGCGUUGUUACAAACACAGUUUUAUAAUUCCCCGUAGUCGCCUGCGCUACAGUUUGUUUAUAGGCAUUUCUUAAAAGUUUUAAAAUGUACUUCUCGUGUUUAAAGCAUUUCCGAGAGCACAGUAUCUCCUGAUUUUUACGCUUAAGGUCGACAUAUUUUCCCGGUUAUCGGCCCACAACGAGAGAGGGCUGCAAUUAGAAGAGCAUGACCGAGCGUGCCGAUGAUAUAACUUAAUUCCCUACAUCCCUGAUCAUGCCAUUAAUAACCCGAAAACUAGCAUUUUCACACAACUGGAGACCAAGGGAAAGCCCGUUUCGAUACCUCAGCUAGGGCUAUAUUACCGUCAAUCAAUGAAUGCCGUUUGGGGGGGGGUCCUGGGAGGGUAGAACUAUUGACCAAUACUCCCGCCUGAUGAACCGGACGGAGGUUGAGUACACUGGACCGGGGAGCGAGACCCGGCCUUUAAGUAAGAAUUCAGUCAUCCCCUCCCGGUUGCCGUGGCCAAAAAUGAGUUACGUGAUCACAACUUUAUGUCCACUGUCAUUCGCAUUCCUCCUCCUCCUCCUCAACGCACUCUGAAUUUUUAGCCGAUCCCUCUGGUCCGAAAGCACCCAGGGAGGCAGGAUAG